UCGUAUAAAUAAAAUCCCCAUCAAAAAAUUUCACUUCCAUAUCCGUUCUAUCUACAUCGCAUUAAAAAUUUUGCAGCACAACAUCGCUUGGUUUUUUGUUUGACAUGACAUUCGCGAACGUACUGUCAUCAAAGAAAGUAGGAAAGAAGAAAAGUUCUGUGUGUUCUGUGUUGGUUGUCUCUAUUUACUAUACGGGAUUUUAUUGAUUUUUGUGUUAUUAUGCCGUAGUUUUUUCUUUUCUUCUCUCAGCAGGGUUUUUCUCGUGUAUAUUUGAUUAAAAAAAAGAAAAAAGAGUUUUUCCAUUCUCAAGCGUGUGCUACACAAAAAAUUAUUCAUCAAAUUUAUCAUAAAUAAAUGAAAUCACAAAUUCAUUGCAAAAUGUGUUAGAAAAAAGUUUACCUACGCUCGCUUAUCAGCGAAAAAAGUGUGUGUCUCUUUUUUUUGUAGUGCACCAAAAAAAGAGGAAGCAAAAAAAAAAAAUUAUACAUAGUUUGCAUAAAUUUCAUUGAGUUAAGGAGAUUAAUCAAUUAAUUUUGCAAAUCUGGCAACAAAAUGUGGAUACCCUCGAAUAAUAAGUACGGAGUUGCCAUUCACAAUUGGCAUGGCGAAGUGCGUCAUGGACUACCACUGGAUGUUGGCGAUUCUGUUGAAAUUUUAGAAGAAUGCGGUGAAUGGUAUCGAGGGACAUGUCCACGUAAAACAAGAGCUGUCGGUUUAUUUCCGAAAUCCUUUAUUCACAUAAAAGAUCUUUCAAAAAUUGAUCCCGUUGUUAGCGAAUGUACUCAAGUCCUACGAGAAUGGUACGAAAUAUGGAAAAAACUAUAUGUGGACAGAGAAACUUACAAAUUCACUACUUUACUUAAAGUAAUGCGUUCGAUACUAGAAAGCCGUAAAGAAUUGCUUGGUGCUACUCUUACCCAAGACCAGACUCUAGAGUUACAAAUGAUUGUUGUAUCCAAAAUCGAUUGGGGAAAUCGAAAACUUGGACUUGAUCUUGUACCUAGAGUGGGUCCAUUAGCAGUAGAUCCAAAUAAAAUAGGAAUUGUUCGUCUUUAUCAAGUACACGUUACUAGCGCCGACAAUGCUAAGGCUUCAUCGAGUCGUGGAACCUUAAGAAGAAAAACCACCCGAAAAAUACUAACCCAUCAUUUAUAUUUUUGUAUGCGUGAUUUUGGUCACCGAAUCGGCGGUGAUGAUACCGAAGUUUAUUUUUACCUCUACGAUGGUAGUCCAAAUAAAAUGAAAGCCUUAUCUGAAAGAUUUAUGGUGAGAAUUUCCAAGGAUACCAUUUCGAAUUAUUCCGAAAAACUUCAUAGUAAAUGUACAGUUUUUACUGAUUUAGGUGCUGCAGAUCUUGGCGAAGAGCUUUACCUAAUUGCCGUCGUUAUGAGAGUUGGUAAAAUUAUUCACUCUGAAUCAGUGAAAAAGGUAGAAAAAACCAAUACCGGCACAUACGUAUCGACAUUCCGUCGACCUUUUGGGGUGGGUGUUCUAUCUCUAGGCGAUGUUUGUCAAUUCGACAACACAGUCGAAACCGAAGAAAAAGAUUACAACAUUAAGAUUUUCCAAUGUGAAGAAAAAGACUUUCAUCAGCUUCACGAGCUUAUAAUUAAAAAAUCUAGCGGCAAAUUUUGCCCAGUUACAACAGGCAAUCAAAACUCACCCGGAAUUGUUGUGUCCUUGAAACUUCUACACGGUGGAUUAGGUCAGGCUCGCCAAGAGCAACCACUUCUAUUUCAAGGUACAACUAUAACUAGAAAAAUGGGUUUUCCCGAUGUCAUAAUGCCCGGAGACGUUCGCAACGAUAUGUUUAUCACUCUUGAACGUGGUGAAUUUGAACGUGGUGGCAAAAAUACUGCUAAAAAUAUCAUGGUCACUGUACUCGUCCUAGAUAUUGAUGGCAAUGUUUUAUCGGAUUCAUUAUGGCCCGCCUCUGGAAUGGAAUCCCAAAACUCAUUUAAAUCUACAAUUCUCUAUCACCAAAACUCUCCUUGCUGGAACGAAAUGAUCCGGUUGAGUGUCCCAAUUGAUAAGUUUUCCACUGCACAUGUGCGCUUCGAGUUCCGACACUGUUCGACACGAGAGAAAUCGGAACCAAAAUUGUUUGGUUUUAGUUUCGCUCGUUUGAUGGACCCUAGCGGAGCAACUCUUACCGAUGGUCAACACGAACUCUACGUUUAUAAAUGUGAAGAUCCUGGUAAACUUUCUACAUCGCAGUAUCUACGACUGCCAUGUAAACCAAAAGACCCCCAAGCAGAACAGGAAUCGAGUUCUCUCUUCCAUCGUAGCUCCAAGGAGGUCUUUGUGUGUAACUCACUUUUAUGUUCGACGAAACUAACUCAAAACAGUGAUCUUUUGUCAUUGCUUCAGUGGCGUGCACAUCCUGAAACUAUUCAAGACUCACUCACAGGAGUUUUGCGUUUGAACGACGAGGAAUUGGUUAAGUUUCUUCAGGAUGUUCUCGAUGCAUUAUUUGCUAUGUUCUCAAAUGAAGAAGGCAACAGUACACAAUACUCUGGAUUAGUUUUUCACGUGCUAGUUAGUAUAUUCAGCCUUUUACAAAGCAAUAAAUUCCAGCAUUUUAAACCCGUUAUGAAUGCUUACAUAGAAGAUCAUUUCGCAGCUGCUUUAGUUUAUAAAGGUUUAAUAACAUCAGUUGAGCAUAUGGCUGUAUUUAUGACCAAAGCAGAACAUCCAGAUCCAUUUCAAAAAUGUUUUGGUUCACUCGAAUAUAUUUUUAAACUACUCAUUCAGUCGAGGAAAUUAUUUGCUCGAGCAACUGGUGGACAGUAUGAAGAUUCAUUUCGACGAGACUUGCAUUCAUUGUUUACAGCUUUGAAUGGAAUGCUGGCAGUUCCAUCAUAUGAUGUAAUAAUACCAACUCAAGAAGCUCUACUUCAUUCAACUGGUGUGGUAUUGGAACAGCUUAAAGACACUUUACCAGCUCCAGAACUUGGCAUGUUGGCACGUAAUAUGUUGGAUGCUAUUCCUAGAGAUGCACCGAUCAGACUUAUUCAGGCAAAGUUACAUGCUGUGAAAAAUCUAGUGUCUGGAGAAUUAUUUCAUGAAGAUGAUUCCCGUACUGUGGUCUUAUCAGUGGCAUGUAAACAUCUGCGAAUGCAUCUCGGUCGCCGUGACGAACUCAAGCUUUGCUCGGAAAUUAUAUCAGAGAUUCUGACUCAUUUAUAUGAUUUACAACGAGAGCAAAAAGACAAAGUUACAAACACAUUACAACAUGAUCUCGACUCGUUGUGCAAAAAUAUAUUAGGCAUUCUAAUGAAAACUAUUAUAGUCAUGAUGGAUGGUACUAAUACUGUACUUGCACAAUUAGUAGCCUGUCUACUUGGUUUACUACAACUUCUGGAUGAAACUCACUAUAAACGAUAUUGGGACGAGUUGAGUGCGAAUAAAGAUCCGCGAGACUUGAAAGAGUUUCUUAAUAAAAGUAUAUUACUAUUCCAAGAACUUCUCACACAAGAUUGGCUUGUGUUUCCAUCUGAUUGGCUUGUUAUGAAACUCUCAGCAAAUGAUGUUUUAAGAAAGGCAUUGGAAGAAUUCGCCAAACCAUUGGUUUAUCGGUUUCUUGCACCAAAUUCUUUUGAUUCAACACUUUGGUGGUUAUAUUUUAAGUGUGCUGUAGCUUUCCUAACGCAGCCAUCAUUACAACUUGAACAAUAUAGAGAAACAAAAAGAAGAAAAAUUUUAAAUUCGCACGGUGAUAUGCGAGUUUUAAUGGGAUUUCAAAUACUCAGUAUGUGGUCACAAUUGGGGGAGCAAAAAUUGCAUUUUAUUCCUUCGAUGGUAAGGCCAUUUUUAGAAGUCACGCUUGUACCAGAACCUGCACUAAGAAAAGCUACUCUUACUGUAUUCUAUGAUAUGAUGCAAUGUGAACAGUCUGCCCGAGGAUCAUUUCGUCUGGUUGAGAGUGAAUUAAUUGAUAAGCUUGAUUUUUUAAUCAGCGAAAACAAAGGUGAUGAUGAGUACAGAGAGCUAUUUAGUACGAUGGAACAUCUGAGCUUGGUCUUACUGGAAAAAGUACAGACUGAAAAUCCAAAUUGGAAAGAUUCGGCCAUUGCCUUUAUUACAUCGGUAACACGAUUACUCGAGCGAUUAUUAGACUAUCGCAGUGUUAUGCAAGGAGAAGAGAAUCGUGACAAACGAAUGUCUUGUACUGUCAAUCUUCUCAAUUUUUAUAAUAAUGAAAUCAAUCGAAAAGAAAUGUAUCUUAGAUACAUUUACAAACUUCACGACUUGCAUCUACAAGCGGAAAAUUAUACAGAAGCUGGUUUUACACUAAAACUUUAUGCCAGCAUGUUGACAUGGGACAGAGAAUCAAUAUCAAAUGCACCUAAUGAUAACACUGAUCAACUAGAAUGGCAACGAAAAGAAAAACUUUAUCAUGAAAUCCUAAAAUAUUUUGAUAAGGGUAAAUGUUGGGAGAAAGGCAUACCUCUGUGUAAAGAAUUGGCACAUUUAUAUGAAACGCGAUUGUUCGAUUACAAUAAACUGAGUGAAAUUCUAAAUUUGGAAGCGAAAUUCUUCCAAAAUAUCUUAACACAGUUGAGACCAGAACCUGAAUAUUUUCGGGUUGGUUUUUAUGGAAUGGGAUUACCACUCUUUGUUAGAAAUAAACAAUUUGUCUAUCGUGGAUUAGAAUAUGAAAGAAUUGGAGCGUUCACUCAAAGAUUACAAACUGAGUUUCCACAAGCUCAAAUUUUAACUAAUAACAGUCCACCAGAUGCAUCGAUUUUAUCGGCUCCAGAUCAGUAUAUUCAAAUAAGCAAUAUUCGUCCGGUAGGAGAUGCACAAGCUUUGAAAACCGCUAUGGUUCCUGUGCCGGAAAAAAUAGCCAGAUUUUAUGAGGUUAACGAUGUCACACGAUUCAUUUACGACCGUCCCAUAUAUAAAGGCCCCAUCGACAAAGACAACGAAUUCAAAAGUUUAUGGAUCGAACGAACCACCUUAGACAUUGAUAGCCCUUUGCCUGGCAUUCUACGUUGGUUCGAAGUCAUUUCCAAAUCAGUUCAAGAAAUAACUCCUGUCGAAUUUGCAUGUGAAACAAUGAAUAACGUUGGCAAAGAACUAUGGGAUCUUAUUGUGCAAUAUAGAAGUGAUCCAAAACGAAAUAUUAACCCAUUCUCAAUGCGAUUGCAGGGAAUAAUCGAUGCAAAUGUAAUGGGUGGCAUUAGCAAAUACCAAGAAGCAUUCUUUUCCGAGAACUUUCUCAAAUCAGCUCAGGGACAUGGCCAACAGGCAAAUGUACAAAAACUAAAGUGCCUGAUAUUGGAACAAAUUCAGGUAUUAGAAACAGCUUUGGAAUUGCAUGGACAAUUGGCACCGCCAGGAGUUCAACCAUUGCAUAAUCGUUUACUUGAAAGAUUCUCUCAGUUAAGACAAAGCUUGUCGGGCAUGGGUCGUUUGAAACGACAAUAUUCUGAGAGUAUAGUCAAUACCCCUCUACCACCAUUACCCACAGAAACUCAAAAACGAACUCUUAGUUUGGGUGGAAACUCGUUUGGUAUAUAUGAACAUGAUGAAAUUUAUACUAGACCCGCUGAAACUGUGAGACCCGUGGAAAAUCUUUCCUUAGGACAGAUUACUAACUCCUAUCAAACACUCAGCAAAGAGAAUCUCAAUAUUUCGGAUAUAACUCGAUGCGAUAUGAAGGGUCAAGCUCCACCGGUCCCUCACAGACCCAAAUCAACAGGAUUUGUAUGCAAUAUGGAUAGCCCAGAAGUUCCUCCAAAGACUCUACCUCGCGAUCGUGGCGGUACCUCUCCCAAUGCUCCGCCCCUUCCACCUCGUGGCAUUACUCCCGACAAAAGAGCAUCAAAUCCUCCUUUACAAUUCAAUGAAUUUUCAGAUCAGUCUUAUAAUUCUAACUCAAAUUCAAGACAUCAAGGCCAAAAAUAUUCGGUAGUUGAUAUUAGUUUCGAUGAACCCGAAGCUGAUUUCAAUCAGCAUAUGAAUGCCGAUGGUGGACAAAUGAACAUUUGUUAUCCACCAAAUGAUUUUCGUGAUUCUGGUAUAUCAACAAGUUCGAACGAACUCAAUCAACUAAACAACUUAAACUCCUUAGACGGACCCAACAACCAUCAGGAUGCCGAUGUUGGAUUGAACAUCAAUCAUGAGCACCACCACUCACCCAAUUCGUUUGAAUUGGAUCUACCAUUGCCACCACCGAUUCCACCGAAGUCACUAAAUGUAUCUACACCUGAUUGUGAUGAACGAGCCCCAUCGUCAUGCUCACAGCAUCACUGUCAGGAAAAUGGCGGUUCCAAUGAGGGAUAUAUAACUCCAAAGAAUUCGAAAAAUAAUGCCUUUAGUCCUGAUGCAUUAUGAACAUAAUUCUUUUACUAAUUACGAGCAAUAUGGAUUUGCAAAAUACUCGUUAUAUCGGUAUAGAAAAAAUAAGUUAUAUAACAAAAUAAAUUUAAUCCUCCUAACUCCUAAAUUUAUUCUUAAUUGAGCUUCCGAUAUAAAUUGGAAAACAAUAAGUUUUUACAAUUACUUCCUUUCCACCGAUGCUCUAAAAAUUGAUUUUAAGGAAAACAUAUUUAGUUUCCAUAUAUAAAAAAAAAAGAAUCCUAAGUUUUAAUUUUUACGUUCUUUGUGCCAAAAAUCGAAUCCAAAAAAUGUAUUUUUUUAAAUUAUAAAUUUCCAUUUAGAUAUAUAUUUUUCAUCUUGCAUGUUUAUAGUUUUAAAAUUUAAUAAUCAUUUAUUUUUUAAUUUUUAUUGUAAUCAAUAUCAAAAAAGAAAGAAAAAACUUACCGAAGGUUGUGGGAAUAUUGUGCUUAUUGUAAUUUUUUGUUUUUAAUUUUUUGUUUUAAGUUAAAUGAUAUACUCUAUAUAAUAUAAGAAUUUCCUUGUCAUUCUUUUUUUCGAAACUCAAUGUGAUUUAUCGCGCAAACAACAAUCUUUCCCUAAUGAAUCUCAGUAUUUGUAUUUUUCAAUCUAAGUUUUUGUUUUUUUGAUUUUCUAUAUUUUGUAAAUUCUUUGUUUUUUUUUGGCUUACUAUAAAAACUUUAAAACUAUAUUAUAAAUUAUAUUGUAUUUUAAAUGUAAGCGAGUUUUCUCAUUUAAACAAAAACAAAAAAAACAAAAUUUAUUUGUAUCGAAAACACCAUUAUUGCAAUAGUUUAUGUGAUGCACAAAAUAUCAAAAAGCGAAAAGUCGAGAGGUAAAACAAAAAUUAAAAAAAAACAAAUACAAAUCAAAUCAGCGAUGUGUUGUGCAUACGAACGUAAGUUUUUUAUUGUAUAUUUUUAUAUUGUAAAACUAGUCAAAAAAAUAAAAUAAAAGAUACAAAAAUAUAUUAUAAGUAUGCCCUCAUACUAAACUAA